AUGGACCACCUGCCCAUCCCGAUAGACGCAUCAGCACACGAGCGGGUGAAAUUUUUUGUGGAAGAUGAGAGGCCGUUCUCCACCGAUGACUUCUUCAAUCUUCCAUUAAAAGGGGACUACAAGUUUGAGGAUUUCGACGAGUUGGUGGAGCAUGGACUGAACCGAAAACAUUGGACAAAAAAGAAGGCAAACCAAUUUCUGCAGGAGUGGCUCUUUUUCAGCCUGCUUGCUGUAGUCUUGGGAGAGUCAAUCAAUCCACUCAGCUUCGUGGACAGCAGUCGGACUGUCGAGAAGACCAUAUCGACAGAGGGACUUAACGAAUUCCUCGCGGGUUGGAGUGAACGGAUGAAGCAGGGGGGUGAGAAGGAAAAGAUUCUUUACUUACGCGGCGGCAUAGCACUGGAAAAUGCACGAAGAUUCGUGUGCAAACACCUGUCGCUCGAAAACUAUGACUAUGGCCUAAAUGAAGUGGUCCAGCGAAAGGAGCUCCAUGGCAUUCACGAGGAAGUAGACAAGAAAUUGGCUCUCUCAAUUGCCGUUCUUGGAGAAACGCUGCAAGGGGUGCGGGCAAAGUUGAUCAUCAGUCCAGAGAACCGUUCCCACUUCUGGAUGGACCCUAAAACAGAGGCGAAGAGUUGGGGGAGUAGUACGUUUUGCAGGGAGAAAAUGAAGGGCCGCGGCUGUUGCGAUAACGACAUUCGCCUCCUUGAAUCGACAAUGCCAGGUGUUUGCGGUGCUUACUACGCCCACAGGCUCAAAAAUAUGCCAACUAACGGCGAUCAUGAUGUCCAAAACUGUUCAUUGUGGAAAUGCCAGGCCCAGAAGCAGCAACAGGAGGCCCUCCACCAGACAUCCUGUGAUCGUCAGAACUGCAAACUACUUGGUACAGGACGGGAAAGCCUACAAAUCACCCAACACAUCAAGGCAGGCAAGACACCUCUGCUGAGUUUUGCCAACGGGGAAAUCAACGUGCAGGCAUACGACCUACAGAAAGAAGAUGUGUCAUUCGGUGCAGUCUCCCACGGUUGGGGAGAUCGCAUUUUCGACUCUACCAAGGACUCUGGAGGGAGCAACACAUGUCAAAUCAACCAGUGCCAAAUACAGAGCUUGCAGAAAAGCUUCAAUGAGCUCAUAGGGAAAUCAAUUGUUAAGAACCGGAGAGAUGAGAACACCUUUUUCUGGGUUGAUUUGUUGUGUUUCCCAAAGAGGGAUUCGAUGACGGCAAAGGCAAUAGACCAACUGAAGACUGUCUUUAAAAAAGCAAAGGCGGUCAUUGUCUGGGACAGAAAUUUGCUCUCAACGCAUAAAAAGCAGCCUGAGGAUACAAUUGAGAUGAAUGUCAGGAUGCGACUCGGAGGCUGGUCACGAAGAUUGUGGACUCUUCAAGAAGCUGUCCUUGCCCAAAAAUUAUACUUCGAGUUUCAAAACCGAAAGUUCCUUAGUUUGGAGGAAAUCAACGAUGCGAGAGAAAAGGCAGAACAAGACACGAGCAACCCCUUCCACCACAUCUGGAAAGCUGGGUACCCCUUUGGCAAGGCCGUCUCGAGACUGAGAGUGAAACACUCAAAGGACAAGGUGGCGAGGGCAUGGGAGGCACUGCAGUUUCGAUAUUGCAGCGCCCCUGAAGACGAGGCACUGGUGUUGGCUAACAUCUUGGACGGUGUUAACGUGGCCAAGAUUGAAGAAAUCACAAUGAAAGAGGAUGAAGAUCGAGAAACCUUGGCGGCGAAAAGAAUGGCGACACUGCUUAAACUUAUUCACACGACCGAGGGCAUGGACAUACCGGCAAGUCUCAUUUUCGUGCCUGGCCGCAGGUUGAACAACUGGAAAAUCACAGAUUCCAAGGGCUUCGGAUGGGCUCCCAGCACCUGGAUGACUCAGCAGGUUUACAAUUACCGCUUCCUUCGCCAAUACCGUAAUGCUGGUGUUCCGAGGUGGGCAGGCUUUGAAGUGCGCUUUCCAGGGAUUGUGCUACGUCUUCCCGAAACGCCAUGGGACGACCCUGAAUUCUGGAUCCCCGUUCAUCAGGCUCUCCACAAGUGGUAUAAAGUGAAGAUUGAUGUGCCAAAGGAAGAUUGGAAAACGUUCGAGGCCGAUAGGAUCCGGACAGCGGAUGAACUAUCGAUUAUCAUGAGCGAGCACAAUCCCAAAGGGCGCUGGACGAUUGGAACGCUUGUCAAAAAAAUUGGCCCCUUGGGUGACGAUACCCGUUGGGUAACCAUCCUAGGGAGAGCUUGGAUUCGACUGGAGACCAACUUAAUCAUCAUCAAGAAGAGGCGGGAUGAGUUUAGGCAGCAGACGGAGCGCAUGGCGAUUGGGGAAAGAUUAGGACCGGACCAGAAAUGGUGUAUUGACGGACAGAGUGGUUCAAAAAAGCGAUCGUUCGACGACUUCAGUAACUCCUAG